CAAGGCAGGCGCUUAUGCCGCCGAGCUAAAUCCCCAGCCCCCGACCUUGGUGGUAUGUUUCAAUGCAGUCUUGAGAGACCUUUGACUCAGGGUCUGAGAAUAAGAUUUAGAUGAGACAGUUAUGAAUCCAGUAUCGAGGCAUGUUGAAAGCACAGGAAAGUGGCCUUGCCAUAGAGAGAUUCUGGUUAGCGAUAGUUUAAUAAAUGAAACAAUUUCAGAGACUAAGUGACCUACAGAGUUAAGUGUAGAUUGAGAAUUCCAAUCAGUGUACUGUAUUUUACAUACUACAUUUUUUCGUUUGUUUAAAUUUUUACUUACAUGGAAAGUGCAUGGUACAGGCCACCUGCAGGGUGGACCCUUGGCCCACAUCAGCAUCAUCUGGUAACUUGUUUCCUUUGCACAUUCCAGGGCUCCAGCUCAGACCCUCAGGAACUGGGGCUCAGCAAUCUGUGCACUAACAAAUCCUCUGGGUGAUUCUGAUGCAUACUAACAUUUGGAAUUUUUGUUUUUGUUUUGGAGAACUAAGUGUUGAACUCAGGCUCUUCACACUGAGCUAUCUCCCCAGUCUUAUUUAUGUGCUCUCUAAAAGGUUGGCCUUUUUAAUAAUUUUUAUUUUUAUUAGCACAUUUGUAAUACAUAAUGUUUACAUUCAUCAUGGAGAGUUGGCACAUGACAUGAUAGGUCUUAAUUCUUUCUAGUUUUUCUCGCCCUCCCCCAUCAUUUUUAUUUUUUGAGACUAAAUCUCAUGGUUAAGUUGCCUAGGAUGGGCUCAAAUUUUUUAUCCUCCUGUCUUAGCCUCCAAAAGUGCUGGGAUCACCAGCAUACACCAAAUUUUCACAUGCAUCUAAUUCACAUAAGGGUCAGAUUCUAUGUCAGUAGGUCUGAGAGAGAGAUCCAAAAUUGUUUUUUCCUGAGACAGGGUUUCACUUUGUAGUGCACACUGGCCUUGAACUCAUUAUGUAGCCCAGGCUGGCUUCCAGCUCGCUGUGAUUUUCCUGCCUCAGCCUCUGGAGUACUGGGAUUUCAGCAAGCAGCCAGCCUGUGUGGAACAAUGGCAGUGAGCCACUCAGUGAAGGAGCGGACCAUCUCCGAGAACAGCCUGAUCAUCUUGUUGCAAGGCCUUCAGGGCCAGGUGACCACUGUGGACCUACGGGAUGAGAGUGUGGCCCACGGACGAAUUGACAAUGUCGAUGCUUUCAUGAACAUCCGCCUGGCUAAGGUCACCUACACAGACCGUCGGGGGCAUCAGGUUGAACUGGAUGACCUCUUCAUAACAGGCCGAAACGUUCGAUAUGUCCACAUCCCAGAUGACGUGAACAUCACCGCCACCAUUGAGCAGCAGUUGCAGAUCAUCCAUCGAGUGCGAAACUUUGGCAGCAAGGGACAAGGCCGGCAGGAGUUUCCCACCAAAAAACAUAAGUGAGGCUGUCGCCUCAGCAAGUUCUGGAACUAACUCAGGAUUCUCUCUGAGCCAAUUCCUGCUACCCCUCCCAGCCUGGUAUAGGACAGACAUCUCUUGCUACAGCUCUUUCACAGAGUGCACCUCUCAGACUCAUACUGGGAGACAGAACUCUGUCUGUCUGCCUGUGACCUUGGGGUAGGUGACAAUCCCCCUUUUGGAUCAUUUGUGCCCAAGUAUGAUUUAUUGAUUUAGGAAAUUUGUCAAGUAGUUUUCAGUUCACUCCCAAUGGAGGUUAUUAAAUGUAGUUGGCCUGAGUCACCGCAA